UUGAACGGAUCUAGUUCAACCUAUCCAUCCAGUGAAAAUACCGUCUGUUCUCGAAGAGGAAGACGAUCAAAUGUUCCACCUGAAAUCAGAGAACAAACACGUCGGUUGAAGAAACAAAAUAUGGAACGUAGACGACGUGCAUGUAUCUCGGAUAAAAUGAAUGCAUUGCAUAAUUUAGCAAUGAAUCUUAUUGGGAUUGAUCCAAACAAAUAUCAUAAAGUUGAGAAAGCCGAUAUCUUGAAUUUAUGUCAAAGUGUCUUUGAAGGAAUUACAAACAUUGCAAAAGAUGAACCUGAAUUCCAAGAACGUCUAAGAAAAUUACGUUACAAUUUGAAUGAGAUCUCAAACUCUUCCUCAAUAACCUCAACAACGACAACAUCAUCAUCGUCAUCACCGUCAUUAUUUACAUCAAGAAAUAAUUCCACAUCAAAUGUGAAUGAAGAUAUAAAAGAUAUUGUGAAUGUGAAUGGGAAAGGCAAUUCACUAAGAAAAUUCACUCGACAUCCACAUCACCAUAGUUCCUAUCAUCAAAGUCAACAACAUUCACACUCUACUACCACUAUUUCUUCUUCGACGAUGACUACUACUACUACUACUACUACUACUACUACUACUGCUACUACUACCACCCAAAUGUUCAGUACACCAAAAAUCUCAUCUCGAUUGCCAACUUGUGAUAAUUUCGACCAGAAAAUUGAUGAAGACAAUAAGGAGAACAGAAUACCGAGAUUGAUAAUUAGAAAUACUUCAUCGAUUGGACAUUGCAGCACACCUUAUCUUAACAAUGUUAUUAUCAAUAAUACCUAUAUUGUAGAAAACAUUUCGAAAUAUUCAUUUGAUUGUGACCUAGUUCAGAAUGUGUAA